AUGGUAGCCAUCCAAUCAUCUGUUCAUGACUUUCACCUCUUCGAACAGCUAAUAACAGCCUUUGGCUACGGUGCCCUAGCUGUCCUACUCUACAAACUAAUCAACCUUUUCUACACCGUAAUCUACGUACACAGCAUAGCCGACCCUCUGGACCUAAAAAGAAUGGCCGGAGCCAAAUGGGCUCUCGUCACCGGCUCAACCGACGGAAUUGGCAAAGGCUACGCCCUCGAACUAGCGAGACGUGGCUUCAAAACCAUUCUUGUAGCCAGAAACCCACAAAAGCUAGCUGCUGUCGCCGACGAAAUCCGAACCGAAACUGGAGCCGAGGUCAAGACUGUCUCUUUCGACUUCACCGCCACCUCCUUGGCCGACUAUGAAGCCAACUUGUUCGGCCCAAUCCAAGGCCUACCGAUCGGAGUGCUGGUGAAUAACGUUGGCUUGUCACAUCACUUCCCCGACGAAUUCACGGAAAUGCACGGUGACGCUGAGAGACACAGAGACGUGCUGAAUGUGAACACUCUGCCAGUUACUAUGCUCUGUCAUCGUAUCUUGAAGCAGAUGAAAGCCAGACGAUCGGGAGUUGUGGUCAACUUGAGCUCGUCGAUCUGCUAUGCUAAUGCUGCCUACUGGGGUGUGUACUCGGCUUCUAAGGUGAGAUUCGGCUUUGAUAUGAUUGUUAUGGGUUUGACUUUGUUAAUUUAAAAAAAAACACCCCCUAAAAGCAAACCAAAUUAUCCCUGCCUUUUUUCAGAGAUACGUAGUACAACUAACCACAAUCCUGCGCAAAGAGUACGCCAAGUACGGUGUUACCGUACAAUGCGUGUCGCCCAUGAUGGUAUCGACCAAGAUGAGCCGAGUCAGAAAACCAUCAUUGUUUGUACCAAGUGUCGACGCCUACACCAAACAAGCGGUCGACUCAAUUGGUCAUAUCAACGAAACUACUGGAUAUCAAGCUCAUGAGCUUCAGAAUUACUUCUUCUUCCGCUUCAUGCCAGAGUUUUUCUUUGAUUUGUACUGGGAUAAUGUUUCGACUAGCGUUAGGGAUAUGGCUAUUGCGAAGAAGUUGUCUAUUCAAUAG